AUGUCUCCUGGUCUGUCACCUGUUGUAUCCAGUGAUUUGCAACAAGUUCCUGAAACUGGUCGCUGGAGGUUCAUCUCUGUCUCCCCAAAAACUGAAGUUCAAGUUGGGCAGUUCGCACUCCAACAAACAUUGGCUCAAUUUCAAGGUCGAAUAUUACCAGAUGAACACCCAGUGACGAUGCAUGUCAAGAGAGUCGUGCAAACUGUUCUUGACGCGUCGCAAUUGGGAGUUGUCAGAGGUUACUCUCAGCCCCAACCGCACUUCUCCAGCAACGAUUUUGCUGACGAUGAUACUUGGUCUUCUUCUUCGUCUUCCUCAUCGAUCAAGUCUUCUCCGGCAACUAUUGCAUCAGCUGGUAAAGAAUGGACUGUCAUCGUUGUUGAUGAUCGCAAGAUUGUUAAUGCUGCCGCAACGCCUGGGGCCGUGAUUGUCUUUACGGGAAUUUUACCUAUCUGCAAGGAUGAGCAGGGCUUGGCUGCUGUUUUGUCGCAUGAAAUCGGCCACGUUGUUGCGCGUCAUGCAGCCGAGCGACUCUCUUCCCAAACUAUUGCUACUGCGUUAACUCUUUUUCUUUCCGCAUUGGGACUAGAUUUCGGAAUCAGCGCAUUAUUGAAUAAGCUCCUGCUCGAGCUUCCCAACUCGAGACUGCAAGAGAGGGAAGCUGAUUUAAUCGGGUUGCGGCUGAUGUCGAAGGCUUGCUAUGACCCCAAAGCCUCCCCAGCAAUGUUCACUCGUUUAGGUCAACUACAGUCCCAAGCAUCGCGCGGAGGUUUCAGUUCACCAGAGUUUUUCAACACCCACCCAUCGUCCGAAUCGAGAGUGAGAGAAAUUGAAUCACAUCUAGGAGAGGGUUACGCCCUUAUUGCUGCAAACCCUGCGUGUGCGGAGCUGCAGGAGCGAGUUCAAGCGUUCAAAGAGAGUGUAAGGUUGAAGAAUGCAUUUGAUCUUGGGCCACGGCUUGGUCAAAGUCAUAACCAUAUACAUGAUGAGGAAGAGGUGUGGAGGUAG